UACAUGCAUAUUACUUCUCACCAUCGCCAACCUGCGCACGGAAUGUGAACACGCUUGAUCCACAGACUCGUCCUCCUUCGGCCAUGCUAAUUGAUCCGAUGUUAUGACCUCGCGCGUCUCCUCUUCCACGUCCGCCUCUGCCUCUGGCCGCCGACCCUCCGUCUCAGCCAGGCGACUCUCCAGGAGGCUCUCGUCCCUCUCAGGCCUAGAAAAUGGCGAGGCGCCCGCUCGAGUCGCACCAGCGGCACAGGCCAUCACAGAAGAGAUUGCAGAGAUAAAAAGAUAUGAGGAUUUCACCACGAUUGACUGGGUCCAGGAUGCCGCCCAGGAACAACUGCGCCGCCUCGCCCGGCGGAAAGAGUCAAAGUUCUUUGAGAGGGACGGCGUCUUGGGCUGGCGGCGCAAGCUGUGGGAGUCCUAUGAUGCUGCACAAGCAUGGAUCGUCAUCACGCUGGUGGGGAUCGUUAUUGGUGUCAAUGCGGCUGCUCUGAACAUCAUCACCGAGUGGCUGUCCGACAUCAAGAUGGGGUAUUGCACAACCGCCUGGUAUCUCAAUGAAGGCUUCUGCUGCUAUGGCUCCGAGGAAGGCUGUGACGAAUGGAAGCGAUGGACGUCGGUCGCCAUCGUCAAUUACUUCGUCUACGCCAUUUUCGCCGUGCUCCUGUCAUUCGUUUCUGCCUACUUGGUCAAGUCCUACGCUCCCUACGCUGCCGGUUCCGGUAUCUCCGAGAUCAAAUGCAUCAUCGCGGGCUUUGUCAUGAAGGGCUUUCUUGGCUUUUGGACCUUUUUCAUCAAGUCCAUUUGCUUGCCUCUGGCCAUCGCUUCCGGGCUCUCUGUUGGCAAGGAGGGCCCAAGUGUCCAUUACGCCGUGUGCGUGGGAAACGUCAUCUCUCGAUUCUUCGACAAGUACAAACGCAGUGCCUCAAAAACCCGGGAGAUCUUGACAGCAACCGCUGGAGCUGGAGUGGCCGUCGCGUUCGGCAGUCCCAUUGGUGGUGUGCUGUUCUCCCUGGAAGAGAUGGCGUCUUAUUUUCCACUCAAGACUCUGUGGAGGAGUUAUUUCUGCGCCCUUGUUGCGACAGCCGUGCUAAGCGCAAUGAAUCCCUUCCGCACCGGUCAGCUUGUCAUGUUCUCCGUCAAGUACGACCGAGAUUGGCACUUUUUCGAGAUCUUCUUCUACAUCAUCCUCGGCAUCUUCGGUGGGCUCUAUGGCGCCUUUGUCAUAAAGUGGAAUCUCAGAGCUCAAGCAUUCCGAAAGAAAUAUCUGUCCAAGUACGCAAUUCCGGAGGCUGUCAUUCUGGCCGGAGCGACUGCGCUUCUGUGCUACCCCAACAUGUUUCUGAGAAUAGACAUGACCGAGAUGAUGGAGAUGUUGUUCCGAGAGUGUGAGGGCGAUUACGACUAUAACGGACUUUGCGAGGCAAAGAAUCGGCUCUCCCUCAUCGGGUCUUUGCUGGUCGCGACUCUCUUGCGCAUAUUUCUUGUUAUCAUUUCCUACGGGUGCAAAGUGCCUGCAGGUAUAUUCGUACCGUCUAUGGCGAUUGGAGCCUCAUUUGGCCGCAUGUUGGGGAUGAUCGUGCAAUGGCUGUAUGAGACAUUUCCCGACUCAAAAUUCUUCUCCGCUUGUCAACCCGACGUGCCAUGCAUCACCCCUGGCACGUACGCCUUUCUGGGAGCAGGCGCAGCACUCAGUGGGAUCAUGCAUUUGACCAUUUCGGUCACUGUUAUCAUGUUCGAACUGACUGGGGCACUAACAUACAUACUUCCAACGAUGAUUGUGGUCGGUGUCACCAAAGCGGUGGGAGACCGAUUUAGCAAAUCCGGCAUCGCAGAUCGGAUGAUCUCCUUCAGCGGCUUCCCGUUCCUCGACAACAAAGAGGAACAUUCUUUUGGCGUGUCGGUGUCGCAGGUCAUGACUGGCAACAUCACGAUGCUCCCUGCGACAGGAAUGGAGGUCAAGGCGGUGCGGAAAUUACUCGAUGACACAUCCUAUUCCGGGUUUCCGAUUGUGGAAGACAAGGACUCGAGAAUUCUCGUGGGCUAUAUCGGGAGGACCGAGCUCCAAUUCGCGAUCGAUCGAGCCAAAAGGCAGGGUGCGUUAGCCUCAGACGCCAAAUGCAUAUUUGCGAGUGAACGGGAAGAUGGCACCGAAACACUCGCACCCCUCAGUCCGACUGUUACCUUGGAUUCGGCGACGGUACAAAGCGUGGAUUUCAGCCCAUUCAUUGAUGCGACUCCCAUAUCUGUCCAUCCUCGCUUGCCGCUCGAGACGGUCCUGGAGAUUUUUAAGAAGAUGGGUCCACGUGUCAUCCUCGUCGACCACCAUGGUCGUCUCGAAGGGCUGGUCACUGUGAAAGAUUGCUUGAAGUACCAAUUUAAGGUCGAAGCACAAGAGCAUUCCGCGGCUGUGAGGGACGAGUCUGUAAUACAGAAUGACCGACUCGUCGAUGCUUUUGGUAAGGCCGUCGAUUACAUCGCGGAUAAGAUCAACAAUCUAUCCCGUGGCAGGCUAAGGCUGAGCCCUAGGACUGCUAGCGGAUGGACGAGAGUGGCUGGAGACGAUAGACGACGCGACUUCGCAGACGACUACAGCCACGAAAACGAGAUAUUGGACGGGACCGAGGAUGUGGCUGAGCAUGGUCAGGAAGGCGUCGAACUAGAUACAAGGUAAAAGACGGUUGGAAUCUAUAAUGUACAUUUGCACAGUUAGCGAAAGUCAACACAUCCUUCGUCACUAUCGA